GGCCAGCCGUGCUUGAAUCAGGCUGAAACCACGAGAAAAGCUGCUGGCCUGGUUUCAUAUCUGACAUUAUGUCCUCCGACUCCACCACACGAUCUCCCGGCAUCACACGCCAAGACGCUGGACUCUAGGCUACUUCCUUGAGUAUAACAGUAUCCACCCAGUCUUCUACUGCUGAUUGAAACAAUCUUCAAAUGCCGCAGGUUCGCCUCGAUCGGCCGCCAUUGAAAUUUGCAACGGCCUGGAAAUCUCGGCUUCGCGCCGUCAUUGGCACUCUUUGCCAGGUCUGUCAUCGCAAUCUAUCAGAGCUAUUCUCUGCAAGAGCCCCGUUCCCGGCAACCGAGGACGGGGUUGGAAAUUUAUCCUCUCACCAUGAAAGCUUAGCCAAACUCGACCUGUCAGCAUCAAAUGGUUGCGAUCUAUGCUGUCACAUAUGGCAACGAAUUGUUUACAGUUUUCCUCGCGGGGCAGCCACGCCUGGUCGUGUCGCAUUGGGCCGUGUGUAUGGCUAUAGUCCGGGGGACUCCACCCUCCAGCUAGCUAUCUCCGUCGGUAGCGAAUGCACGACUGCGAACAGUUCGUUGAUAUUGAUGAUACAGGGCACCAAAGCCACAAACUUGGCGGACUUACCACCGGCAGUGGGCACCGACCUUGACGACAUGGUAGCGUGCACAAGAAACUGGAUGUAUGAGUGUAAUCAACACAAAUUGCAGCAUGUGGAUGACCGAGACUGCUUCCAAUGCCCCACGCGCCUAGUAUACGUGGGAUCCGAAGCCAGCAAUGAUACCCAAGUACGUCUCGUAAGCCCACCAGCUGGCUUUACAGCCAGCUACCUUACGCUAAGCUACUGCUGGGGUACUGUGUCACACAACCUACGUACAACAGCUGUAAAUGUUCGCGAGUUUCAUCGAUCCAUCCCUUGGGAAUCUCUUCCAAGAACUGUUCGAGAGGCUAUCGUCUUUACCAGGAAAUUCGGUGUUCAGUACAUCUGGAUUGAUGCACUGUGUAUUAUCCAGGCAUCUAGUUCUGAGGAAACAUCGGCCGACUGGAUCAGAGAGUCUGGAAGAAUUGGUCUCUAUUACCAGAACGCAAAGUUGACUCUCGCCGCCUCGGCCGCAACGGACUGCAACCAGGGCUUAGUACUCUCCAGACCAGCAGUAAAGCAUAGGCCGGGCUUCUUGGUGAUUGAUAUUGGUGGUGGAGGCUUCAUCAAGGUCUGUAUAUCUAGUAAGCAGUACCCAAGCCGGGAAGAAACAAUUACGUCGAGCCGCCUUUUGUCCCGUGGCUGGGUAACGCAAGAACUCAUGUUCUCACGCAGGAUCGUCACAUUCUCUCAACACGGCUUAUACUGGAACUGUGCGACUUCGUCUGCAGAUGAAUUCGGCAAUCAUACGCACGGAUCACGCCUCGAUAUUAGGGGAUUCCUUUUACAAUCCCGAAAUGUACUUCUGGGCCGUACGUGGAACAUUUUUGUCGGAGAUUACUCUCGAACUUCAUUCACGUUCGAAUCCGACAGGCUCGUUGCGAUAACCUCAAUUAUGGCCCGGAUUGCAGAAACGACAGGCGCUACACCCGUUUAUGGACUGUGGAAGCAAACGCUCGCAUACGGGCUUGCCUGGUAUAAUUACAGUAACAAAUAUCAGGAGCGAACUCGUCCAGCUUUAGCACCAUCUUGGUCCUGGGCGUCUGUCAAUUGUGGAAUUACCUAUGAUUAUACGGCCCAUAAACCUUCGAUUAAAGCAGAGAUUUACUGGCCAAGUACAGUUCGACACAAUGAUUUCCGUCUGCUGGUCCAAGGAAGAACAUUCCAAUGGAGAGCCAAAAAUAUGGUCAAAAUAUUUCCAAAAGAUUGGAGAGUUCAAUUGUCUGUAGAUCUUACCAUCGGUACCUGUGAGAUUUGGCUUGACUCUAUGCGAGAAGUCAACUUUAUACCAGAAGCGUUCACAUACCUUGUGUUGCUGUCUAAGGCAAUUUCUACGUACUGUCUUAUACUACAAGACACAGGGAUAGACCAGUCACAAAAUAUCAGAAGGUACCGUCGGGUGGGGAUGGCCGAUUUUAAGUGCGCAGGCUGGGACAUAGGAGAUGCCAUGGGCGCUAGAAGACAGAAGGUGCAACUUAUAUAACUUUGGCGUUUCGAGUUUUCCUAGGGCUCCUUAUACCAAGGUUAUGUAAAAUGCUAACAACAUUAUCUCUAAUCCAUAAAAGGUAGAGGCCUUAGAUGCAAGUUGAGGCCAAUAUUCAGAUCUACAUGUUUAAGGUGUUAAAGAAA